AUGUCUGCCGUUCCCUCAGUCACCGUUCAAGACGGUUUAGACCCCAUGGCACAGGAAAACGAGUUUGUUCACGAUAUUUACAAUGAGAUAGCGGAGCAUUUUUCCCAGACGCGAUACAAGCCGUGGCCGAUUGUUGAAAAGUUUUUGAACUCAAGACCCAAGUACUCCUUGGGGCUCGACGUUGGGUGUGGCAACGGUAAGUACCUACAAGUGAAUAAAGACCUCUUUGUCAUUGGAACCGAUCGGUCUGAGGGCCUCAUUGAGUGUGCUCAGAAAUUGUCGGAAAACAGGUACAACCUUGGCAUCGCAGACAGUUUGUUUCUACCUCAUCCCGAGGACCGCUUCGAUUUCGCCAUUUCCAUCGCGGUUAUUCACCACUUUGCGACCGAAAAGCGCCGAGUCCGGGCGAUUCUGCACAUCUUGUCAAAAUUGAAGAAAGGCGGACAGUGUCUCAUUUACUGUUGGGCUCUUGAGCAGGAAAAAUCUCGCAGAGGGUACAAGGAAGGCGACGACCAAGACAUCUUGAUACCGUGGGUGUUGAAAAAGCCCACCCUGCGGGCGAAAAAGCCUCGAGCAGGAGCGGCGAAGAAGCGACUGGCGCAGCAGGCCCCUGACGACGAGGUCAGCCGUCCACCAGCAGAGGAUAAGGAGCAGGAGCAGGAGCAGGAGGAGCAGGAGGAGGAGGAAGCCACAAAGUACAGGUAUUACCAUUUGUACAGGGAGGGCGAAUUGAAGAGUAAUUGCUUGAUGACGGGCGCCUGUGUGGUUGUUGAUGAUGGUUACGAAAAGGAUAACUGGUGGGUGAUUGUGGAAAAACUGUGA